CAAACAGGAUCGUGCCAGCAACGUGGACGUGUGUGUGACGGCGGGCAGUCAGGAGGCGUUUGCGCGCGCCGCGGAGAUGCUGCUGGAUCAAGGCGAGAGUUCCGUCCUCGUCGAGUCCCCAACAUACAGUGGCGCGCUGGCGGCGCUUUAUCCUAUGCGCCUCAACAUCGCAAAGGUUCCAUCUGAUGAUGACGGCCUGCAACCAGACGCGCUACAGCACACACUCGAGACCUGGGACGAAAGCAAGGCCCCGCGUCCGCGUGUGCUAUACACGGUCCCAAACGGCUGCAACCCGACCGGCGCCUCCCUCUCUCUCAAUCGCAGACACCGCGUGUACGAGCUCUGCUGCGAGCACGACAUCAUCAUCAUGGAGGAUGACCCCUAUUUCUAUCUCCAGUACACCAGCCCACGUCUGCCGAGUCUGUUCAGCCUGGACACGGAGGGACGCGUGCUUCGCUUCGACUCCUUCUCCAAGAUUGUCUCUUCGGGACUGCGCAUGGGGUUUGUCUCUGGCCCGCCGGCGCUGCUGGAGCAGCUGCAGCUGCACGGGCAGGCCGUCUCCCUCCACGCCUCGGGCAUUAGCCAGGCCCUGUUGUUGAAAGUACUCGAAGCGUGGGGCGCGGAUGGUUUCCACCAGCAUGUCAACGAGGUGGUGGCCUUCUAUGCGAGGCAGAAGGAGGCGUUCUUUGCGUCGGCGGAACGCCACUUGUCCGGGCUGGCAAGCUGGAACCCGCACGUCUCCGCUGGCAUGUUUGCCUGGCUCAAGACACACGUGCCCGACACCAAGGCGCUGAUUCAGGAAAAGGCCGUGGAUGCAAAGGUGCUGCUGGUGCCCGGGGAGGCGUUUAUUGCGCCGGACAAGUGCGAUCUGCGUGCACAGCGCUUCGACGCCCUGCCGCGGAGCCCCAGCCCCUAUGUGAGGGCGGCAUACUCCACCGCAACGCCGCAGGACAUGGACACCGCCCUCCAGCGCCUCGCAUCCCUCCUCAGGGCAGAGCAGUGAGCGAAAGAACUGAAGGGGUGGUUGCAAGUGGUGGUGGUGGUGGGUGGCAGGAGAUGUGACACAAAAGAGAUGACACACACAAACACACACACACGCACACACACACACACACACACACACACACACACACAGAAUGUUCGUUCGCCUGAUCCCUGAUUUUACCAUUUUACCAACAAUAAACCAACGCCAUGUCACCGCCA